CUUGCAAUGGCGCCCCCCACAAGUAGUUAAGCAUGCUGUGUUGUACUGCGUAGAGUCUUUGAGGAUGAUGAAGACACGUCUUUGAAAGUGUUUUCUUUGGCUGGACAUUAACAUUAAUCGUAAGAGGCUUGCACCUAACGAUACCUACCCGACAAUGAUAGCAGGUUAACGUUAACCCUGGCUGCCUGCGCUAGCAUGUAGCAGCUACCACGAUCAAAUGAGUUGGUUUGGCUUUGGUUUUAACGGCUUUGGGCAAAUUGUGCCAUUCGGUAAAGCGGGUUGUGGGACACCUGGCGAGAAGCAAGUUAAAAUAGCUGUUCCUGCCGUUGUAAAAAACUCAAAUGACAGUCCAGUCAGACUUGUAUCAGAGACCAAACAUGCGAAGGAACCUGAGGCUUGGAACAUGCAGGUUAUUGCGUGCUGGAGUCGCACGGCCUCCUUUUCUGGGAAAGGUGAAGGACAGGUGCAUCUGACAGGAUUCACUGAUGGUUCAUCAGACAGCCGAAAAAGCAUCAGCGGGAGCGGUGGGUGUGUGGAUGCCUGGGUCACUGAGAGAUACCUGACUCUUCGCUUCACAGACAGAGUCGAGUGUUGGACUUGUGAUGGAGCAGACAUGGAGCUUGUUUUGAAGUCAGAACAGGAUUCAUCAGACAGAAAGACAGGUCAUCCUGCCCCGCUUCCACUUGUUCCAGAGGGGUACAUUGCCUCGGAACCCCCUCUUUUCCGUCCGUUGUCUCCUCAGCUCCGUGCUGAGAGGCUGGCUCUGGGCACAGCCCAUGCCCUCCUCCUGUGCGCUGGUGGCACCAUAUACACCUGGGGUAGUGGAAGCCAUGGUCAGCUGGGCCACGGCACUCUGGUUGCAGAGGAAGAGCCGCGGGUGGUGGAGGCGCUGUGGGGUCUCCCUGUGUGUGUGGUGGCAGCAGGAGGAUGGCACUCUGCAUGCAUCAGCGAGGGCGGAGAUUUGUACAUGUGGGGCUGGAACGAGAGUGGCCAGCUAGGUCUCCCGUCCCGCCGCUGCAGGGAAGAGGCUGAACAAAACAAAGAAACUGUGCAGUCCGAAAGUGAACAGGAGGAGACGGUGGAGGACGUGUUCAUCUCCAUCCAAGCCUUUCCUGCCCUGCUGGACAUUCCACAUGUUUCAGAAGUCAGCAGUGUUAGCUGUGGGUCCCGCCACACAGCUGCAGUCAGUUGUCAAGGGGAUCUGUAUACCUGGGGAUGGGGUGACUAUGGACAGUUGGGGCAUGAGAAUCUAUGCAGCUCAGAUCAACCUUCCCUUGUGGACUUUUUCCCAAGACAUGGACUGCAUGUGGAAGAUGUGAAAUGCGGGCCAUGGAACACAUUUGUGUCUGCAACUCAAGCAAACCCUGCAGGAUCACAUGCGGAUAACUAAGCAGCUAUAUGUAAACAGGUGGAUUGACAAUCACUACAUGAAAUCAAUGAACAUGGUUGUAAAUAUUCUUAGUACAUUUUAUUUACAGUGUAGAAUGUUGUUUUAUUGCACAAAGAUUUAACAAAGAUUACACAUACAAAUUUAAAAAUGCCCCUGUACAGACCCGUGAUAGAAAACAUCAAACAGAAAAUUUGUUCAAAGGCAGCAUCAUGUUUAUAACUGUUUGAAAGGAUAAAAUGCUGGUGUUCUCUGUGAAAAUUGUGGACCCAUUCCAAAUCCUUACAUCCAAAUCCAUAUAAUUUACAACACAAUCUUGAAAGAACUGUAAAAAAAUAAACAAUAAUACAUUUCAGAAUAUAUAAAAGUUGACAAUAAAUACAGGUAAUCUAUAACCUGUGCCAUCCUACCUGACAAAGUCCGGAGACCUUGAGAUGACAUGCUGGAAUUCAGAGAGGUUCACCGUGCCAUCUUUAUCAAUGUCCGACUCUUCCAGAAUCUACAAAAGCACAAUGAAACCCAGUCAAAAGAGUACAGGUUACACAGAGAAAACUCUCAAACUCUGUUUUACAGCUUUGAGACUGUAGAGGGGCCAGAGACUAUUGUCAUUUUGUACUUUAUGUACUUAAACAGGGACAGUGCACAAAAAAAACAUUAAAUGAUGCAGACUGCAGAUAAUUACAUUGGUUAUUAGCUGUCUCAUCUCCUCUUGGGUGAGCCGUGUAUCAUCGGUGUCACCCGUCAGACAGUUCACCAGUUUUUCCAAGUCCCCUCCAUCUAGUGUCCCAUCAUCAUCAAAAUC